AUGGAUAAUUUACUCGUUGUCACCAAAGAGGACCCAAUGAUGCAAAGCGGAUUAUCAAAGCAUGAUUCGUGUAAUAUGUAUGACAUUGAUUACAAUUAUAUGGCAAAAGUGGCCAAUCUUUCCAUCUAUAUGUCUGACCAUAACUUGACAGACCUCUCAGUCAAGCCCUGUUACGACGGGUGGGCUUAUGACACAACAUUUUACGAACAAACGGCUGUUACAGCUCUAGAUCUAGUCUGCGAUCGAAGUCAUUACGUGAAUAUGGUUUUAUCGGUUGGAAAUUUUGGCACAAUUAUAGGAACGCCAUUCUUUGGUUGGCUCUCCGAUAAAUUGCUUCCUGAGUCUCCGCGUUGGCUAAUCAUAAAUGAGAAAUACGCUGAAGCAGAGAAACAAUUGCUGGAUAUGGCGGCCACUAAUGGCAAACCGGCGCCUAAAGACUUGAUCCAUAAAUUAAAAAGUGUUGGCAAAAGCCUAAACGCCGACGACUCGGAAAAAGUGAAUAACGCUUUUCUAUUAUUCGUUAAAAAGCCGGGUCUUCGGCGCAACGUAUCGCUGGUAACACUGAAUUGGAUGUGUUGUGCGGCCGUCUAUUUCGGCAUUCAUCUCAAUCUAUAUAACUUUUCUGGCAAUGAAUUUCUCAACUUCUUUCUACUGUCGGCCAUUGAAUUUCCGGCCUAUUUGUUCGGCUGGUAUCUAAUUGGCACCCGAAUGGGUCGGCGCUGGUCUUUAUCCGCGUUCGUCGUAUUCUGUGGUAUUUCUCUAUGCGUGCCGGCAGUAGUUCCAGAAGAAUACGCUUUUGUCACUAACAUUAUGGCAAUGGCGGGCAAAUUCUGUACCACUCUAGCGUUUAUGGUGGUCUACCAACAGGGGGCUGAGCUCUACCCCACACCUAUCAGGAAUCAGGGGCUGGGCAUCGGCUCUAUGGCCUCGUCAGUGGUCGGCAUAUUUAUGCCAUAUUUGAUAUUUGCU